AUGAAACGAAUUUUUUCCGGUGCAAAGACUCCAGAGUUCCCCGCUCCACCAAGAUUUUUUUCUGGUGGUAACUCUCCGGGAUCUAGUAGUCCCAAGAAUACUGGAAGAUCGCGAUCUUCUUCUCUCUCUAAGAUAUUUUCGGGCAGUAAUUCUCCCAAAUCACCUGUACUGCUUCCUCAGGAGUCAUCAACUACAGGCCAUCUAUCUCCUGAGCUAGUACCUAUAGUGACGUUGAUAUCGGCCCAGACACACAGAAGGUAUCAUGAAGGCACAUUUUUGAUCCUGCAGGAUCUGAAAAACGAUGGAUCACCAGCGUCGCGCAAGUGGCAACAGGUUUAUGGUGUUCUUAUUGGUACACAGCUGGCACUAUGGGAUGCGAAAGAAUUGGCGGGGAACAAUCCAGAUUUGGAAAAUACGAACUUGAAGGAAAUUGCUUCUAAACCAUACUACAUCAACUUCACUGAUGCGAGUCUCAGAACUAUUAAUGGCUCAGAUGCAGUCUUUACAGAAUCAAAGAAAAAGCUGGAGAAUGCACUUGUAGUUUCUACAACUUUGAAAAAUAGAUAUUUUUUACAAUUUGCUAAUAAGGAAUCGUUUAAUCAUUGGAAUGCUGCGAUUAGACUAAGUUUGUUUGAACUCACAUCUUUACAAGAAGCAUAUACAGGUGCAUUUCUUUCAAGUAGAGGUGCAAAAUUAGGUGAUAUAAAAAUUAUUUUGUCAAAUUCAAAAUUUGAUUAUGAAGAUUGGGUGAGUGUCAGAUUUGGCACUGGUAUGCCAUGGAAGCGUUGUUUUGCUGUCAUUUCACAAUCAACGAGCAAAAAGCAUCCAUUUGGCAAGGUAAAAUUUUAUGAAAAUAAUAAGAAAAAUAAAAAGACAAGUGCAAUGGCGACUAUAGUGUCUUCGAAAGCGUUGUAUGCGGUUUAUCCGUCAUCACCUUUAUUAAUUGACACUUCAACAAUCAUCAAAUUGGAAGGUGAAAUAACUUUCGAUAAAAAGGACUCACCACAAGAGACUAAUAUAUUUAUUAUGCCGGAAAAACACCAUGCUGUUCCAGGGUAUGAUACGAUUAUCAGGUUCCUUAUUCCAGCAAUGAAUGCCUUUAGGUUAUACGGUCGGCCGGAAAAGUUAAUUGCCAACAAGGUUGAUCAAAAUUCUUUACUAUUUGCACUACCAACUUUACCACACAUUCAUUACUUGAAAGUCGAUGAUCUGUUGGCCCUCGCAAAUUCGCUUUCAUGUUUGCAAUGGUCUACUCAUGAUUGGAAAGGUCACAUUAAAGAUAUUCUAACCAAAAAGAUAGGUCAUAAUUAUACUGGCUGUGGAUCUAGUGCUAGUUUAUCUGUUGCUUUAUCCUCUCCAGUUAUUGGGGCAGCUGAAUUAUUUGAGACUCCAAACAGUAUCUCAUCUCCCUCGUUCUUACCAAAACAAAGGCCAACUAAUGGCAGUACCUUGACGUUUAGUAGCACCAAUACCGGUUCACAUUCAACGCUGUCUGGUUCACCUUUACACAAACAAACUUUUACAUUGUCUCCCGCUUCCACUAAUGCUGAUAAACAAUCCAAUGAUCAAAGAACCUACCAAACAAGUCCAACGGAGAGAUUGAUGUCUAGUCCAACAAAGAAAGCUGUAGAGCAACAAGGUCUGCUCAAGGUCAAUAUAAAGGAAUCGAAUUAUGACAGGUUAGCUGUGGAUACGAUGAGAGGAAACAAAAUCAAUUACAUUGAUAAAUACUCGAAUGCAUCUGAAUUGUCUGCUCUUUACGACAAGUAUUCCGCAGCUCCAUUUGGCAGAUCUCCCGUUAGCGAAACAACUCCUGUAAGUCAAACAAUUAACGUUAAUGAUAGCAAUCCUACUGCCAGCCCUUAUGCUCAGUACGUUGGAUCAUCAGAUGCAAGAACCUUUGAAAUCUCAAAUAUAAGGGAUUCUACUAGUACUUCACAUUCCAAUGAAAUUCCUGGUGAUGCAGACAAUGAUGCACUCAAUGAUGACAUCGAUCCUCUCCAAGAGUUUAGCGAUUUGGCAAAGACCAUCAGCGAAAUUGGCUUGGAGAGCGUUUCUUCAAUAUCGAAAUAUAACAAGGCCAACGAUUAUACUUUGGAUGAGGACCUCAAGUUCAAUUCUUCCCCUGCUGAUAUAGCUAAUGAAGAAGAUAACGUAUUUGAUCCCGACUAUACCGAACACAAUCAUAUGCUAGAGACAGAGAGUAUAUUAGAUGCUUCCGAGGCAUCUAGCGUCUAUACAACUAAAAAUGAUGGAAGGAGUCGUUCUGACUACUACUCGACUCCUCAAACAAGUGCGGUGCAACAAAGUGGUGUAACUUCUUCCGCAAAUCGUCUUCCCCAUUCUGUCGCAAUGUCAGAUAUGACCCGUAUGAAUCAAUCAAUUCCCCUAUCUAAACAAAGAGAAAGACCUGUGCAAAGUUCAUAUACAAAUAACUAUAAUCAACCCAAUCUCACUCAAAAUGUGAAUCAAUAUUCAUCAAGAAAUGCCAUGGCAAAUCCCGUUCAAAAGCUGUCAAGACCUUCACCAUCUAACUCACCUCAAUACCAGCAAUUCCCACAGUCGUACAAUCAAUCACCUUCAAGACCUUUUCAUGCGCAACAGAAUCAUUAUCAGGCUCCACCUUUUAAACAGUAUUCUCCAAAGCAAAAUCCAGCACCACAGCCGCAGUACGAGCCAUUUCAAAUGUACUCUCCUCAGCAUUCACAACUACCACAGCAGACACAUCAAAUGCAGUAUGCACAAAAGCAGCCUUAUCCACAAAGCGGAGUACCUCAAAAUAGAUUUCCGGAUGGUAAUCAGCCAGGCCCACAAGUGAGACAGCCCUUGCCUCAUGGUGCAAUUCAAAGUGGUCCUUAUGGAGCCGCACCAAAAAAACCUGUCAGUACUAACAAACCACGGCCUCCUCCAAAUGCGGGAUUCUCACAGUUCAUGCCUUCUGCUAAUGUAAAUCCAUACUCAAGGUGA